AUGGCGUCAAAAGGAGGACCGCGUGCGAUGGGAAGCGAUGGAAACGAUUUCCGACAUCGACAACAAAUCGCCGCUCACUAUCAAGAAAGUGUACAAUACAAGAACUACCUGAAAUGGCUAGCGGUACCGCAUCUCCUUGUUUCACUCUUCCUUUGGACUAAGGUCGGUGGCGAAAUUCUAAGGCGAAGCUUCGAGACGAAAAUCGCGUUUUUGGAACGUAUUGAUCUACCGUCAGCUUAUCCCUGGGAAUAUGUGUGGUGCCUCUCGUUCUUCGUCUGCUUUUUGGCGUUCAUGGCCUUCCCAAAGAAUAAUUUGAAAUAUAUCAACUACUUCUACUAUGGACACUUCUUGAUGGGUAUCGUGCCGUGUAUGAUGGGACUCGGCGGGCAACUUCCCGAAUUGUUCGACUAUAUUUUCAAUUCCGAUAGUCAAACGCCGACUUUCAAGGGUACCUUCCCGAUGGUCAUAAUUUGGUAUAUCUUCUUUCUGAUCGCCCUACAAAUCCACGUCGGAGCCAUGUAUUGUGCCAGCAUUCUUGCCCGAGCCUGGAGUCCCAUUCGACCACAUAGCGAC